AAGAUUUGCAGAUAGCUGUGUGGGGGUGUGCACCCUGAAUCAGUGUCUUCUGGCCCCUCCUACUUUUCUUCCUCAAUACAUUAUCAGUGCGGUGUGUGCACACUGUAGGAAGUGGUGUGCACAAAAACUUUCUCCAGAAGCUGGUGGCUAGAAUGGAUUCCAGAAGUGCCAAGUUCCUAUUUUCCUUUCAGCAGCCUCUAGGCAGCUGCCCAGACCCCUGGGAGGUAGAACUCCCAGUGUAUAGCUCCACCUUCAGGCCAACGAGGGAACAGCUGUCAGUUCCUGCUGCUCAUGAGCUCCUUCCUGACUGAACUAGGAGGGCCCCUCAGCAACUUGCCAGAGCCAGGAGGAGAUACAGGCCAUGUGGACCUUGGAGAGACUGACUUGGAAACAGCCUUGCGAGAGACUCGGGAGGAAACAGGCAUAGAAGCAAGCCAGCUGACCAUCAUUGAGGGAUUCAGAAAGGAGCUCAACUAUGUGGCCUGGGAGAAGCCGAAAACAGUGAUUUACUGGCUGGCAGAGGUGAAAGACUACAAUGUAGAGAUCUGCCUCUCCCAGGAGCAUCAAGCCUACCGCUGGCUGGGACUGGAAGAGGCCUGCCAGUUGGCUCAGUUCAGUGAGAUGAAGGCAACACUCCAAGAAGGACACCAGUUCCUCUGCUCCACACCGGCCUGAGCUGACCAGAACAAAUGCUUCCAUUGCUUCCUUGAGGGUCUCCUGAGAUGAACCCACCCUCCUAUCCAGGGAAGGAUGCACUGGUCUUUGCCAUGCUAUGGCCAAGAGCAGAUAGGUUGGUGGAAGUAAAAUUAAUUUGGCACUCUUGGGUGAGGGCAAGGAAGCCUCGGAUUCAGUCCCUAGCAUAGACAAUAAUUACUUUCAAAAUAAGAGCAAGCUAGAAUUUUAGCUAAGUUAAAAAGCAAAGAAGGGUAAAAAAUUUUAAAUGCCAGCCCCAGUAAGUGUAUCCUUGUAAUUUAUAAAUAAACUUCAAACAGUU